CACUGCGGCCAGAGGCAUACAAAGAGACCUGUCUCCCUACUCCCAAGGAAUCCAGACGCGCCUACGCGGAUCCUGAUCGGGAAGGCGACGCUGGAGGGUCUUCAGGGGCCUGGCAGGUAGGCAGACACCUGUGGCUGAGCAGCGGCUGCUCUGAGUGGCCCUGGCCGGAGCCUUCUUCCGGGCUGAGAAGUGUCAUGGCCAGCAUCGUGCAGGCCUCCCUGGCUGCACUCCUCCUGCUGCCUAUGGCCACCGCCAUGCACUCCGACUGCAUCUUCAAGAAGGAGCAAGCCAUGUGCCUGGAGAAGAUCCAGAGAGCGAAUGACCUGAUGGGCUUGAAUGACUCCUUCCCAGGCUGCCCUGGGAUGUGGGACAACAUUACCUGCUGGAAGCCUGCCCACGUGGGUGAGAUGGUCCUCGUCACUUGCCCGGAACUCUUCCGAAUCUUCAACCCAGACCAAGUCUGGGAGCCAGAAACCAUCGGAGAAUUUGGUUUCGCUGACAGUAACUCCUUGGAUCUCUCAGACAUGAGGGUGGUGAGCCGGAAUUGCACGGAGGAUGGAUGGUCAGAGCCAUUCCCUCACUAUUUUGAUGCCUGUGGGUUUGAUGAGUAUGAAUCUGAGACUGGGGACCAGGAUUAUUACUACCUGUCGGUGAAGGCCUUGUACACGGUUGGCUACAGCACAUCCCUUGUCACCCUCACUACUGCCAUGGUCAUCCUGUGUCGUUUCCGGAAGCUGCACUGCACCCGCAACUUCAUCCACAUGAACCUGUUCGUGUCGUUCAUGCUGAGGGCCAUCUCCGUCUUCAUCAAGGACUGGAUCCUCUAUGCCGAGCAGGACAGCAACCACUGCUUCAUCUCCACCGUGGAAUGCAAGGCUGUGAUGGUUUUCUUCCACUACUGCGUCGUGUCCAAUUACUUCUGGCUGUUCAUCGAGGGCCUGUACCUCUUCACCCUGCUGGUGGAGACCUUCUUCCCGGAGAGGAGAUACUUCUACUGGUACAUCAUCAUUGGCUGGGGGACCCCAACUGUGUGUGUGUCUGUGUGGGCUGUGCUGAGGCUCUACUUCGAUGACACAGGCUGCUGGGAUAUGAAUGACAACACGGCUCUGUGGUGGGUGAUCAAAGGCCCUGUGGUUGGCUCCAUAAUGGUUAACUUUGUGCUCUUCAUCGGCAUCAUUGUCAUCCUCGUGCAGAAACUUCAGUCUCCAGACAUGGGAGGCAAUGAGUCCAGCAUCUACUUCAGCUGCGUGCAGAAAUGCUACUGCCAGCCACAGCGGGCUCAGCAGCACUCUUGCAAGAUGUCAGAACUGUCCACCAUUACUCUACGGCUCGCCCGGUCCACUCUGCUGCUCAUCCCACUGUUUGGAAUCCACUAUACGGUCUUCGCCUUCUCCCCAGAGAACGUCAGCAAGAGGGAGAGACUCGUGUUUGAGCUGGGGCUGGGCUCCUUCCAGGGCUUUGUGGUGGCUGUUCUGUACUGUUUUCUGAAUGGAGAGGUGCAGGCGGAGAUCAAGCGGAAGUGGCGGAGCUGGAAGGUGAACCGCUACUUCACCAUGGACUUCAAGCACCGGCACCCAUCUCUGGCCAGCAGCGGGGUGAACGGGGGCACCCAGCUCUCCAUCCUGAGCAAGAGCAGCUCCCAGAUCCGUAUGUCUGGCCUCCCGGCAGACAACCUGGCCACCUGAGCCCCCUGCCCCCUCCUCUGCUCCGCGCACAGGCCGGGGCUGCGGGCGGGCGCUGGCCCACGCAUGUUGGGCCUCUUCUCUCCCUCCGGGCAGGCCCUGGACUGGAAUUGGGACCCCCGAGGGGGGAGAAGGAUGCAGGGCACAGAUGGGUAUCUCCCCUCCCCGUUUUGGCACUGGCGCCAUCACCAUGGGCCCCUGGGCCCUGACCCCAGACAUGUAAAUACUCCUUAAUUUUGGAAAAGUUGUCCCAUCCCUACCCCUUCACCCAGUGUCCCUGCUCACCUCAAGCAGAUCCUCAGCGCCAUCGUGCCCCAUGUCCACCAGCCUCAGUGAUCCCUUGACCCUGGGUGGGAGGCCUUGUGAGCUGAGGCUGAUGACCUUGCUUUGGGGGAUUUGGGGUGGGGCCUGCCUGACAGCACCCCCUUGCAGUGUCUGACUCUCAGUGUGGACUCCUUGAGCCGGCUCUCCCCUCUGGGGCCCUUUGCAGGGCUGGCCUGGUCCCUUAGGCCAUCAGAGGUCCAGCUUGGAUAGCCAGAGAGGUUUGCAGUGGAGGCCAGACCCAUGCUCACCAACAUGUUGGUGUCCAGUUGCCCAGCUCCUGGGUAUCGGGGCAGUGGGACAGCUCCAGGGCUCUUCCAAUCAGAGACCUCAGAUUGGGUCUGGGGCUAAGGUCAGAGAAAGCUCCGGUGCUUUUCAUGUGGCCCAAGAAAAAUUGCCGAGAGCCAGAAAUGUGGAUGUGAUUGGAAUGGAGAUGGAAAGAGUUUGGAGGGACCCAUGGAAGAAGACCUGCACCAUUUCCAUUAUGUUACCCCUGACUCCACGUGGGCGGGGUUCAUCUGGUAGCCUCCCUUCUGCCCCUCUGGCCCCGAGGCAUCAGCUACAGAAGGUUGAGAGAUGGACGCCUCAGAGAUACUGCUCCCCAACCACACCUACCACAUAGAGCCCCGGAGCCCUCCCCCUUCCCAUUUCCCCUGAAGUCAAAGCCAUGACUUGGAUGAACCAGCCGCCUUCCUGUGAUAUCAGUGACUCCUGAAGCACCUUACACCUCCAUGUGCCCAAGUCCAGGGCCCAGGGCUCCCCUUCACCCCCUGUUCCCAUGGACGAUGAGGAGCCCUGGCCCCCAACUCCUUGGGCUCAACUACUGAGAACUCUCUGAGACCUCUGCAAAAAUGUCCUCUGUGUGCUCGACAUUGAGUCAGCAUGGAUGCCGGGAUGUCCUAGGAUUUGGGAGGGGAAGCCACACCUGCCAUGCUUGUUAGCAGAAACUGCUGAUGGGGGAGUGGCUGCACCCCGACUCCUGUCCUGGCUACCCAGCCACAAGUUGCUCGCCCAUAGCCUAAGAAUUUGAAAUGGGACAGAACCAGGUUCAGGGAAGGUGGAGGAAAGUGCUUGCGGGCCGCGGCCUGCGUGUGGGGCCUGCCUCAUUCAGUGUCAGCGUGUGGUGUUCCUGUCCAUGUAUAUUUGUGGGCUUGUUUUGUGGUCAUGUUCUGGAACACGUGGAGAGUUUGGGGGCAGGAAGAAUGUUGCUUUGCUUGGUUUUAUAAAAAGGAAGAGGCCCCGGGGACGUGGGGACCUGUUCUUGAAGAGGCCUUCGAAGUGAUGGGAGGAGGGCUCAGUGCUCGGUUUAGAGACCAGCCCCAUGUCCCAGUGAGGCGCUUGGACCCCCGGGCUCAGCUGAGCCACAGGGAGAACAGGGCCUGCUUGCCCUUCCCCGGGCACGCUGGCCACGGGGCGUGUGGUGGCCCUUCUGUCCUGCGCCUGCCUCUGCUCCCCUCCCCUCCGGCUGGGAGCCAUAUGUGUUACCUGACGGGGUGUCUGCUGAACUUUGGACACUGGUGGGGGGCCUGAGCUGCUUGGAAGGAGCCACGGGCUGGGAUUUAGAGACAGAAUCUGCCCCAGUGGAGCUUGGACUGCUGAGACUGGUCAUAGCGCUCUGUAGUCUGGGCCUCGGCUUCCCCAUUUGUGAUGCUUCUCGAGCUCUGUGCUUUGGGAGUUCUCCAGUUCAAAGCCAAGGCAGGUAAAAGGGCACGCAUCAUCGUUACAUGUGUCAUCUAAGGUUCGGCAGUGCCUUUGUUUGUUUUUGUGUGGAGAAGGAGGCAGCGCUAUGCAUGUUCCCUUUCUCAGAAGUAGAACAUCUGUCUCUCCCAUGUGGACGCUACAGUGGAAGCUGGAGGGAAGGAUCAGUCCAGGGACAGUUGGACAGGUGCCUUGGGCACGAUGUGCAGACCCAGCCAUGUCCCGGCCGGAGCAGGGUGGGCAGCAGCCACCCCCAGAGCCUAGGAGUGGUCCCCUGAGGAUGGACCUUAAUUUUCAUCCUUGCCCCCACCAGCAGGUCUGCUUCACCAUGGAAGGAGAGGCUUUGAUUUUAUAGCCGUGUCAUCACAAAAUAGCAAAAAACAAAACCCACCCUGAACCCCCACACCAUGCUGACACCUGAGCCCCGGGCCUGCGUCCUCGUAGAGGUUCCAGGUUCCUGUGGAUUUGCUUUUCUCUCUGAACGAGCUGUUACCAGCCUUGUGAGCAGACACUCCCAAUGUAUUUUGAAUGUUCCAGGAGGUUAGGCAGCUGUCCUUCAGGAUCAAAGGCAGUGAGGGGAUAGCAUGGGAUCUGGGUGAAGCCCUUCCCUCUCUGACCCUUUGUUUUCAAAUCUAUAGAAUGGGCAAUAAGACUAAAUUGUUUGUAUAGCCCAUCGUAUCUCUGGAAUUCUCAUCUGAACACCAGCCAUCCACUGGGAAUGGGCCCCAGGCAAGGACUGCGCUGUUUGCCCCGACCAGGAACGGGUAAGAAAUCACAUUGAGCGAGGAGGGGUUGAGGGCCUGAGGAAUGGUGAGGCUGGAGAGGAGCAGAAUUCUCAGACUCCAUGUCUCUGAAAGGGGCUUGUCUUUGUUCCAUGCAAUCCUAAAGGAUAAGACUCACCCAGGGGAGGCUGAGUUUCCCUUGGGGUGAAGAAAUCUCUCAUCCUCCGUCAUGACAUGGAACACGCAGUGUCAAGAGAGAGACUCCAGCCCCUGGGAAAAUGGAACUCCAAGUCAGGGGUGCAGAGGCCUCCAGGAAGCCUGUGAGGGCUGGGAGUGUGGGAGUCGGGGUGCUCAGGGGUUCUCUGGUGGUCCCCAGCCUGUCUGAGGCCAGGCGACAUUCUCUGUCUCAGUGGGCAGCUCCGUGACCGUCCUUGGCACAUCCAGUGGCCUGCAGUGAUUCUUUCUCUGACCCUACCCCUCCCUGAACUGGCUUCUCUGGGGAUUACAGCCAGGGACCUGGAGCCCAGCCCAAGGCUUGAAAUACCCCAAAGUCCAUCAUCACCCACCAAGGGCAUGACUCACCUCCUCCAUCUGACCCUCCCCCUUCCCAGAAGGACAGCUAGAAGAGCCUUUCUUUGUAAUUCAGUGAGUGCCCUUGAUCCCCUCAAGGCUACUGCACAGUGAAAGCAGCGAAUGCUUUGUCAUCAUAAACUCCUCUUGGCCGCAGUGGCCGUGGACGCCUGCUGGAGGAGCCCUGAGCGGGGAGCGGGAGGCCUGGCCGUCUCCCAGCUUGGCCACUGACAUGCUGUUUGGCUUGGACCCCUUCUUCAUCGAUCUUUGGGGAGACUCACGGAGUACGAGAGCCGGGAGGACGCUUGGAGAGCUGCAGGUCAGACCUCCCCGCUGGGCUAAUGGGGAAGCGCUCACAGGAGGGCUUAGCGCAGUGGCUGUGCCAUGUCGGAAUCCAGUAUCUUUACAAACCUGAAGGAGGAGGUGGGCCGAUGAGCGUCCAGUCCCGUACAUGAACCAGAACAAGACCCCAACUAACACUUCCGAACAGAAAACCUUCAGCUUUGUGCAGAAGAGGGGCUCUGGCUACGGAAGUUGUCAGGACUGCAGGCUGCAGGAGGAACAGUGGCGUCGGUGUGAUGUGGGAGAACCGCGUUCUCACCUGGGCUUCACCACCUGCUCUGUGCUCACGGCUGAACCUCUCCAGGCCUCCGCUUCCGAGUCUGAGAAAUGGGAGGACAUGGUUUAAGGCCUGCCCACAGGCCAGGGGUGAGGGUGAGGUGAGAUGCUCUCGUAUGGGAAAGAACUUUGGAAACGAUAUAGAUAUGAGCUGAUUCCUGGGGUGAGGACCCUGGAAAGGGGUCUGUCAACUGCUGUCAACUGCUUUGAGCCCUCUUGGGUUAACCUUUGCCCCAUUUGUAAAACCACCAGCACUGAGGGGGAAGGGGAAGGCCAGUGGGCUCUGAUGGACGCAGAAUUCCAGGUUUAUUCCCAUCAGUUGACUGACUGUUCUUGGGUUAGAAUGGGGCGGCUUCCUUGUGGGCGAUGUCAGUGUUUCCACGCUACCCCCAUGGGAACCCUGCAAGGAUCUGGGACACCCUCAAGUGGGCUGUGCACCCGUCGUUCUUUCCCUGAACUUGGCGUCCUGGGGUGUGUCUGCUUGGCCAUGUGCGUCUUGUCUCCCGUCUGUCUUCUGUAGCUUUGCCCCUGUGAGGGCUGGAGUGGGAAGGCCCCUGGCAUCCCAGAUGUGGCUCCAGGCUCGCUGUGGGAGCCGGGCCCGCCUGGGCUUCAUCUCCUACGAUAAAGAAAAGCCCCACAGAGCUCCUGCUGCUGCUGUGGCCGUCAGCGCUGUGCUUGUUCCCUCGUCCAGGAUUUUAAAGGUGUGAAACUGCUGUAGAUGACUCAAUAAAUGUCUUGCCGUUUUC